GUCACAAAAUAUUUGUAAAUUACAAGCAUGGCAUCCCGCAAGCGAGAUGAAUACGACGAAGCCGAAGGCGAACGAAAAAAACAGAAAAUCAUUAAAACCAUUCAUGACAAGAAACAGAAGAAGCGACUUAUUGUAGUUCUUGAAAAGUCUUCUUUGGAAACUAUCAAGACCUCAAAGGGGUAUGAGUUAAUGAAUUGUGAUCAUCACAAACAUUUGAUGAAGAAGCAUAAAAGAGAGCCCUCAGACUGCAGACCAGACAUUACACAUCAGUGUUUGCUGAUGCUGUUUGAUAGUCCUCUCAAUCGAGCGGGUCUUCUUCAGGUUUUCAUCCACACACAGCGCAAUGUUCUGAUUCAGAUCAGCCCUCAGACUAGGAUUCCAAGAACGUUUGACAGAUUUUGUGGUUUGAUGGUCCAGCUCCUUCACAAGCUGAGCAUCCAUGCUGCAGAUGGUCCUCAAAAACUCUUAAAGGUCAUCAAGAAUCCUAUCACGGACCACUUACCAGUAGGCUGUCGCAAGAUAUGUACUUCCUUCAGUGCAGAGAAGUGUGUCCACCCAAGAGAGCUAGCAGAGUCAGAUGAGCCUGUUGUCAUAGUGAUUGGUGCAAUGGCUCAUGGGAAGGUGGAGCCAGACUACACAGAAGGAGAUGUAGCUAUUAGUCAGUACCCUUUGUCUGCUGCCCUCACAUGUGCCAAGAUCUGCUCGGGUUUCGAAGAAGCAUGGGAUAUUGAAAGUCUUGCAGGAACGUAGAAGUCGGCAAUAUUUAUGAUCAAGUUCAGAGACUCUUCCAUAUGUUAUUGUGCAUUUCUCACCUACAGUCACCAAUUUGUACCUAGAGCUUUACAUUAAAAAGAGCUGGCAGAGGAUGCUUAGAAUCUAAGAUCUUCAGAGCUUCCAUCUUUGUGAAAUCGUACGUGUCAAUUUCGCCCUGCAUGAUCUGCUUGGCACAUACUACUCUCAAGCAGACUUUUACACAGGUUCAGAGGCAUACAAGUUGUGUAUGAUUGUUAACACUACUGAAUUAAUAUAGUAGAUCAUGAACAGAUCUAUACAAAUGUGUAGCUCAGGGACCUUCCCCUUGAAGCGAAAGAAUUUCAAGUAAAAUAUUGAAUCACAUGCUGCUUUCUUAUGUGGGAGUGGUCAAUUAUAGACUCGUUCUCGAUUUCCUGUUGACCAUAAUGGCUUCUUUUCCUCUAUAAGCAAAUGGCAAGACAGAUUCUAUUUGUCUACAACUAGUUCAUCUAAUAGUAACCUCCUGGGCCCUUUAUCAUAAGACUUUCAGUUUUGGUAUCUAUCAUGUAUAUCUUGAUCUUAAUUGGCUGCUGAGCCAUGAUACCAUGAUGUGAAGUUCUGUCUAGUUGCAUUAGACUCAUAUUAUUGGACGAAAUGGCAGUUGGGCCAAGAGUCUAUUAGACCAAAAGUUGGCCAAUGAUGAAAUAAUACUCUUCUUGUAUAGCACAUAUUACAUAAUGAUAUAACGUCCCUAUGCUCCUCCGAAGAAUUUGGAGUAAACCAAAUGUGUUUAGCAAAUGGUUUGCUUGGAUGGCAUAUAUUGACCAAUUAUUUUCAUGGGACACUACUACAAUUAUUAAGGUCAAUCAUGGAUGAAAAUCAACCAAAAUAAUUCAAAUCCUUCAAUAUCUAGGCAGUUUUCUGUUCAAUCUUCUUUUAGUUUUAUAGCUUUAAUAUCAAGUUUUAACUUAAGCAAUCAGUCAGGGUAGGAAAUAAUUUUCAUUUUUAGGGCUAUCUUUUUUUUCCACAUUGGGGUAGUUGUGGAAUUUUAGGGGCUUGUUCUUUCAUAUUAAGGGCUACUUCUUACAAGUAAUUAUGCAGUAAAAGCAAAUAGCAUUAUUCAGCCACAAUUAGAAUAUUGAUUCUAAUAAUCUUGAAUAUUUAUUGACAGAUCUUGGGGCGACUAUAGAAAGAAUGGUCUCCCCAAAGCUUGUAUUUUGGGGGAAUAUCAGGGGCUAGAUAUUUGGGAGAUGGGCAAUUUUUCCCUCAUGUAUUUCCUAUCAGUUGAUGUAUAAAAAAAUAAAUGGGUCUUGUCAAAGCAAGAUA